AUGCCCUCCAGUAUGCUUUGGCGUUCCAUCGACUCUAACAAAGAGGAUCACGGGCCGAUCAAUAAUUAUCGUCAGGUUGUGUCACUUUUCUACAUCUCUUACAUUAUUGUGAUCGCUUUCUUCAUGGUUAACAUCUUCGUCGGCUUUGUCAUUGUCACGUUUCAACGUGAGGGUGAAUCGGAGUACCAGAAUUGCGAACUCAACAAAAAUCAGAGAAAAUGCAUAGAAUACGCACUCAAGGCAAGGCCUCGUAGACGCUACAUUCCAAAGGGACAUUUGAGGUACAAGAUUUGGUCGAUGGUGGUCUCGAAGAGAUUUGAAAUCUUGAUCUUCCUCUUCAUCUUUGUGAAUACCAUCACCCUAAUGAUGAAGGUAUGCUUCAAUAUUUAUAUCUUUUUAUCUUUUAGUCCUUUUUUGAUCAUCAUCUUUGUUCACGAAUUUAGAUACUCAAUAGCCUCUGAAAGUCUUCAGAAGGCUCAUCAUUACAUCUUUAGGUUUAUUUUUAAUAAAAAUAUUCAUUGUACCCCAUCAUAUGUUGUUAUCGAAAGUGAAGCGUUUGACUCUUUACUUCUGGUCACUUCAUCUUGCAGAUCCUAG